GUUUUGAUGCUUUAAAAACCAUAGCAGGAGUUCUAUUUUGUGAACUAUCUAAAGGAAGCCUUGAAUGGCAGGCUGUGGGGCUUAUCCAUUUUGUGGUUUGGCAGCGAUGGUGGCGGCGGUGCUGUGGGGAGGAGCCGCGGCUCAGUUCUCAUCCUCUUGUACGAGUGAGUUGAUUAGCAUGUCGCCAUGCCUUAACUACAUAACGGGAAACUCUUCGGAACCGUCUUCGAGUUGUUGCCAGCAGCUUGCCAGUGUCGUGAAAUCGCAGCCGCAGUGCUUGUGCGCCACGCUGAACAGUGGUGGGUCGUUAAUGGGGAUCAAUGUCAACCAAACUCAGGCUCUGGCCCUUCAUGCUGCUCGCAGUGUUACAACUCCUCCCAUUAGCCUUUGCAGUGGUUCGAGAGCAAUAAAUGUCUCUUCGAUCCGUAUGUUUGGCGGCAUAUUAAGUUGGGCCCUACGGCUUGGAAUUAAUUGUUGUGUUCUAAUGGGGGCAAACAUUGUUAAUGAGUGGAGAAGUUCAGUGAAGCGACAGUUGGAUACUAGCUUGAUGAGGCUGAGGUGUGGGAGGGUACUAAUGAAAUUACGAUUUCCAGGACACUCCCCGCGGUCCACCCAUCGUCCAAGGCCACAAACUGGUGGCUAUCGAGCAUUUAGCAGUAAGCUUAGAGGAUACUAGAGGUGCUUCGAGUUGAAACAAACUGACACGUUGGCAUUUGAUUUAGGACAAAUUUGGGCAACUACCUAGAUGCUUAAGUGAUGACGAGAACUAACUGAUACUUUUGCAAAGAGAAAAGAAUUUGUUUGAUUGCAUACCUCAAGUGAUUACAAGAAUAACAUUAUGAGCUAGGUUAAACUGAACCUGCUGAGUUGAGCCGGUAGACCUAAGAAGGUGAUAAGACGAGAGCCAGAGGAGGAGAGCACAACUGAACCUACUAAAUUGAGCAGGAAAUGAGUCAAGAUGACCUGCUUUUUUGUGGGAAAACAGGACAUAACAAGAGAGCAUGCAAGAAGGGAUCAAAUGUUGGGGAGGGUUCAAUGAGAGUGAUAAAGAAAAUGUCCCAGCAAGUGCUGCAGAACAUGUCCCAAGAAGUGGUCCAGCGAGUGCACCAUUCAAUUUUACCAACAAAUGCGUUCAAUGUCCCAACAGUAAUUUUAAUUUUUUUUUUUGUUCUGUCUAACAUUCAACAGUUGAGUUCACAUGUUCAACACCUAAUUUUGCAAUUUCAAUGUGUGUUAACCAGUGUUGCUACUGCUUGGGCAGAUACCAAUGGCAGAUCUUCCUCAAUAGGAACUAAAUUGAAAAAGCCGGUUCAUGCGUCCCAAGUCUCAUUCAGAAGAGUUUGAGUGAAACUCAGGUGUUAAUUGCUUCCAUGGUUCACAAGGUGCAUUAAAUGGUCAUGUUGGUACUUGGUAGUAGUGUGAGAACAAACAUGGCAGGUGAUACCUAGCCAAAGGUUAGACAUUGCGUAUCUGUCAAUAACUCAACCAACAAGAUGCAUGCAAUGAUGUGGAGGCGAAGUAAUGUAUAUCUGUCAAGUUUCAAGAGAGCUGCUUCUUCUAACAAUGCUACAAAGGGGAAGUGAAUAACAAAUGUGGCAGUUUUUGGGUAAAUAUCAUGUAAAGACAUAGUUUUUUAUAAAGCUAAAGCGGUCCAAAUGUUGAAGUUGUAAUCUGUGUUCUUCAUGGUAGUAUUAGGUAGUUGAAAUUUGUUUUGGAUGUUGACUUGUAGUUGAAAACAUUUGGUAGUUGGUAAGGCAUUGAGCGUUUGUAAUGACUUCAAAUGAUAGUGGUUUCUUGUUAAGGGUAGUAAUAGCUUAUAUUUGGUUUGCAAA